CAUUUACCAUUACCUCGACUUCCACUCCUCACAUUUGGUCCAGGGCACCGUGGGCACUCUUGGAUAGCUCGUUGACGAGGUGGUAAAAUGGUCGUCUGCCAGUACUUCCUACGCGGACAAUGCAAGUUCGGAGACUCAUGUAGAAACGAACAUCCACGCGAUGCCCAGCGCAACGGGUUUGGGAACCAAGUAUGGGCAGGCUCCGGGUCUUCCGGGCCCUCCCCACAACUCUUCAACUUGGAAUCAAUUACGCGAGAUCUCGACCUGAAGCAGGAUCGCCCGUCCUGGAGGCUGUCGUCGUACGCACCCGCCAAACACCAGCCCACGCUCAUCCAAAUCCCAGAGCGCUCCCCAGAGGAGCUCCGUGUCCAAGCAGUGCUCGCAGCGCAGUCGGGGAAGUUCAAUCUAUACGUACAAGACGAGACGAACAGCUUCGCUUUCGCGGACGAAGAGGUCCGGAAGGCUACGAGCAACAUGCAGGCGACGUACGACCAAGCGAGGCGCAACCACGAGCAGGGAGCUGCUGGCGCGCGCCCUUUCUCCCUCGCCCAAAGCGGCCAGGGUCGCAGUCGCGAGUGGUGGGGUGUUCGGACAGGCCGCUGCACAGGGCACGUCGGCGUUCGGGCAGCCUGCCCAGGUCGUCUGCCUUUGCCUGCGCAAGGUGGUUCUGCGUUUGGCCAGCCCGCAUCUGGCACAUCUGCGUUUGGUCAGCCUGCGCAAGGCGCGUCAGCAUUUGGUCAGCCCGCCCAGGGCGCCUCGGCAUUCGGCCAGCCCGCCCAGGGAGCAUCUGCGUUCGGUCAGCCAGCCCAGGGAGCAUCUGCGUUCGGCCAGCCAGCCCAGGGCACGACCGCGUUUGGCCAGCCAGCAGCCGCCGCCUCUGCAUUCGGCUCGGCGAACACUUCAGCCUUUGGCCAGUCGAGCUUCGGUCAGGCCUCAAUCAUCAAGCCCGCAUCAGGGGCGUUUGGUUCUGGUCCUGCAGGUGGGGCCUUCUCUGCCUUCGCCAACCCAUCCGCCUCAACAAGUGGCGCACCCAGUACGAGUGGGGGCGGCGCCUUUUCCGCGUUUGCAGGCCAACAACCCUCCGCGUUCGGCCUCGCCGGCAACGCUAACAACACCGGCGGCGGCUCCGUCUUCGGGCAAUCCUCCAUGGGCGGUGGCGCCGCCCCCGCAGCCUCGACUUCAGCGUUCGGCGGGGGGAACACCGCCGCGGCACCAGCGUUCGGCUCGCCGUCCGCCUUCGGUGUGCUCGCGCCACGGCCCGAAACGACCUCCGCGUUCGGGACACCUGCCGGCGGACCCGUGACGAGCGCGUUCGGCACCCCAGCAUCAGGGCCAGGGACGAGUGCAUUCGGGGCGCCAGCCGCAGGGACAGCGACGAGUGCGUUCGGUACGCCAGCUCCAGGGACGGGUGCGUUUGGGGCGCCGGCCGCUGGGACGGGCGCGUUUGGGGCGCCCACCGCUGGGCCAGCGAUGAGCGCGUUCGGCUCCGCGACGCCCGCCCCGCAGUCUGCGUUCGGCGCGCCGCAGACUCAGACUCCGCCCCAGCCUGUGUCCGCCUUCGCGUCGACAACACCCCAACAACCUCCUCCCCAACCCGUCUCCGCCUUCGCCUCCACACCACCUCAACAACAACAGCAACAACAGCCCAACACGUUCGCGUCCCAACCCGUGUCCACGAACGCGAGCACGUCCGCGGCGGCGGCGGCGGCCCACGCCAAGUCGAGCAAACCGGACUUCGCGAUGGCGCUCGUGACGGUGCGGUGGCAGCCCGGGCUGGACAAGUACGACGACAUGCUCCCGCCGGACUACGUCGAGAUCCUGCCGAAGGACGCGCUGGAGGCGUUCAAGGCGGAGAAGUUCGAGUGGGGGGCGGUGCCCGAGUUCGUCCCGCCGAAGGAGGUGAGGUAG